ACGUGGAUGCCAGGAUCUGAGAGUGGGUGGGUGUUCUCAGUGGCCCCCAGGAGGUCCCCUGACCUUCGUGUAGACUCUGGGCCCGCCGGGAAGAGAGCAUGGCCGGCUUCCACCUCUUCUCCUCAAGGCCCUAUGGGGAGCUUGGGGAGCCCUCACCAGGUGGAGAGCAGCUGGAGUUCGCAGCACAGCUGGGCUGGCCCGAGCCAUCCCUGAGCACCUGGGCCAGGACUCCCGAUGCAGAGAUCGAGACCGGGGUGCCCUGUGUACACCAGAAAUGUCCGUCCACCGGGCGGUCUCGCAGGCGUGGGUCUAUCUCCUUGCCACGAGAAAGCCACAGCCUGACACACGUAGCCCGGAGACAGUCGGACCGCUCCAGGAAGCACAGGUCGGGAAGCCUGCACCUGGACGAAGCCUGCGGAGAGGCGCCCACCAAGUCCAGCAGGACCUGGCAGCAGCAGAAGCCUCAGCCGGAUCAGCCCUGCCCCCGCUACCCUGCAGCCCCAGGAGGUUCAUCCCCGCCCAACCCCGGAGGAGCCUACAGUCCCCAGAGUGUUCGGUCUUUGCUUUUCGAAAAGACAGUCAAUGGAGACCGGUGGGCAGUGCCGGUGAGCAGACAUGUAGGACUCUGGUCCCCUUCCUCAGUUCUCACCGACAAGUCUUCUGUGCACUCCCUCGAGUUCCGGAAGCAAUCCACCUGUGUGUGCACCCAGAAGAGGGGCAGUGGCGACAGGACCGAGUCCUUAACCAACCAGUACUCCCAGCCCUCCACCUCCUGCGAAGAAACGAGCAGCCAGCAUGCUCAGGUCCUCAAGAGCAAGCUGGACGAAGCGGUGAUAUCCUCCAGGGACCAGAAGAUCGUGGCCCUGGUGCUGAGCCGGCUCAAGAAGGCCCAGAGGAUGAGAGAGCUCCAACAACAGGCAGCAGUCGCCUGGGAAGAGCUGAAGCGCUCAGACCAGAAAGUCCACCUGACCCUGGAGAGAGAGCGCAGGCUGCUGCUGCAGCAGAGCCAGGAGCAGUGGCAAGGACAGAAGGAACCGCACAAGCCACGGCGAGAUCAUGAGCAGCUCCACCAGGGCCACGAGCAGCCGGGACAGCGGCGGGACCGCCAGGAAAAGAGCCCUGCUCAGUCGGAGAGCCAGAGUCGGUGGCCUGUGCAACUUCACAACCCCGAGAACAGAGACCUGGACAAGCUAGAUGGGGCGCACGCCCAGGCUGAGCACCUCAAACAGUGUCAAAUGCAGCGUCUGCGGGAGCAGGAGAGGGUGCUGCAGAGUCUGCAGGAUCUGAACAAGCUGCAUCUGAAGAAGAGGCUGGAGGCGGUCUAUCACAGGAGGCAGCAGCACCUGGCAGAGAGCCAGAAGAAGAUCCAGGAGAGCAACCUGAGCUCGGUUGUCAACUUCCAGGCCCGCAAGGUUCUCAUGGACUGUCAGGCCAAGGCGGAGGAGCUCCUGAGGAAGCUGUCGCUGGAGCAGAGUUCCCAGUGCUCCCAGGACACCCAAGAAAGUCUGGCUAAGGAUAGGCACCGAGAACAGCAGGGGAAGGCCCAGAAGGAGGCAGAGCAGUUCCAGCGAGUGAGGUGGCGAGCAGAGCAGGCAGAGGAGCGGCGCCAAGAGAGCAAGCGGGUCCUGGCAGAGUUGGCUGAGCAAAAGAUCAGGCAGGCCAGGUGUCAGGCGCACAAGACCAGCAGGGACAGGGCGCAGCACCUGCAGGAGCUGAACGUCCUGCAGGAGAGGAACCACCACAUCACGAAGCUGAAAGCGGAGAAGGAGGAGAAGAGUCACAUUGAGGGCAUCAAAGAAGCCAUCAAGAAGAAGGAACAAAGUGUGGAACAGAUGACCCGACGGAAAGAUCCCAUCUUCCAGGAGUUCCAGAAGGUUCCCUCAACCUCCAAGACAGACUGCUGCUUUGACCACAUGGCAGCAGAAGUUCAGCUGCCUAUGCACCAGCAGAGUGGAAUGUACUGAGAGCACAGGAGGAUCAGGGCACAACCCAGCAGCGAGAGACGUCACUGUCAUCAUGCCAUUCCGCUUUAUAAUCUGAGUUUAACCGAGCAUUGAUUUUUAAAAAAAAAAUUAUAUAAAAUAGCUGCAAUU